AUGGGGCCCCUCACACCAGGACUGGGCAGUACCAUUGGGGUCUUCACACCAGGACAGGGCAGUACCAUGGGGGUCUUCACACCAGGACUGGGCAGUACCAUGGGGGUCUUCACACCAGGACUGGGCAGUACCAUGGGGCCCCUCACACCAGGACUGGGCAGUACCAUGAGGGUCCACACACCAGGACUGGGCAGUACCAUGAGGGUCCACACACCAGGACUGGGCAGUACCAUGGGGGUCUUCACACCAGGACUAGGCAGUACCAUGGGGGUCUUCACACCAGGACAGCCCUUUCAUUCAAAACAAAGACGUGGAGACACUUGA